GCCAACUGACUAACCCGCUGUCAACAACGAUCUUAGUCUCUCCCUCUCCCCUCGACCGACUACACAUGGCCCUGCUCCAUGUCCUCCCGCCAGAACUCGUCCAUGCCAUCGCAUAUGAUGCUGCCGUCCUGACUGCCUCGGACAUUGUGGCUCUUGCUUGUACAUGCUCCCGGCUCCAUGCAGCCCUGCUCGGCUCUCCCUUCUCGGCGGCUCGCGCUCACGCUCUCGCGGGCAUCGAUGUGUGCAUCAGACGCAAGCUGUGGUACGGCGCGCACCGCAUCGUUGCUGCUCCUGCUCCUGCUGUUGACCCACACCGCUCCGAGUCGGAUCCUCUGGCCCGCACCGGCGGCCUCGCUGCCAUCUUUGAUGCCGCUGACCCGCUUUGUCGUGGGUGGCGCAAGCUCGUCGCCGCGCUUCUUGACGUCAACGCCACAACACGCCCGCUACGUUUCGGCUCGCGCCGGACCGACACCUACGUCGCCAUGCAGGUUGAUCGCUCGGUCGGCGUCCUUGCCUGGUCCUGCGGCCGCGAUCUGCCUGACCUCGCCCUUGAGCUCAUUACCGCCCACAAGAGCCUCUCUCCCGGUGCUGCCAGGCAGGCUGGCCUUGUUGCUGCCCUCAAAGAUCAACUCGAGGUCCUAAAACUCCUCAUCGUCCGUGGCGACUUUGACCUGUGCGCGCUCGGCGACACCGCCCUCCGCAUCGCCGCCCGUUUUGGCGCCGUCCGCACCUUUGAGUACUUGCUGGCGUCGCCCGAGGCAGAUCCCACCGCCGGCGGCAACUACGCCCUACACAUGGCUGCCGAGUUUGGCUACCUUGCCAUCAUUCAAAGCCUGCUGGGCGAUUCCCGGGUCGACCUCGCGGCCGCCCAUCCUGUCCACGCCGUCAAGGCCGCCGCGGAGAGCAACCACCUCGACAUUGUCAAGCUCUUGCUCGCCCAUCCGGAUGUCGACACAACCGCCGCAGCCUCCGCCGCCCUCCUUGCCGCUUCCGAGUUUGGCCACGCCGACGUCCUCGCCUACCUCCUCACCCACACCGAUGCCAACCCGUCGAUCCGAAACUCGUCGGCGCUGUACAUGGCGGCGCAGUCCGGCUCGGUCGCCGCCGUCGUCCUCCUUCUCGAUGACGCCCGCGUCGACCCAGACGCGGGCCACAACGCCGCCCUCUUUUGGGCUAGCUACCACGGCCAUGUCGACGUUGUCACAACCAUGCUGGCACACCCACGCGUCGAUCCGUCGCUCGAUCCAGGCCCGCUCACUACCGCCCGCCGCGCAGGUCACCUCCACAUCGUCCACCUCCUCGCUGCUGCGGGCUGUCCCGAGUAG